CUAAAGGUGUGGCAGCCAUAUUUUGUUAAGGCCAGUGGGGGUCAAGGGGGUUGACCAGUGAUCAGUGUUUUCUACGGUAGUGUAAAGUGCUAAAAAAUAAGAUUGAUUUUCUGAAAAUCGAGUGUGUUUGUGUAACUACGUGUUAUUAAUUUGUCUUGAGUGAAUUUCUAAACUCGGAUGCCAUCCCUAACCUAUAUCCAAGAACCUGAAUCUAACACCAAUAAUCACGAUUUAAAAGUGUUCUACACAAUGGAAUGGACUUAAACGUUCGAGUGGUAUGAGUUGAGAAAGGGACCUGUGCAGAGGACUUGAAGAUGUGCAGUAUGAUGAUGCAUGGAAAAGUGGGAGACAAAGUACUUGUAGUGUCCGGAUGUUGGUAUUACUGCGUUGUUCGCUGCUAAUGUGCACCAAUGUCUGACGUGGCCACCAAGCUGUCGGCUCAGGCUGACUCCACCCCUCAUACAGGGGAGCAACGUCUCAGACAACUAGAAGCCAUCUUCCUGGGUGGUCCAAUUCAAGGACAAGGGAGAUGCUUCAGUAUAGAGACACUGUUGGAUAUAUUACUAAUUCUUUAUGAUGAGUGCUGCAAUUCUUCUCUUAGGAGAGAGAAAACCGUCUCAGAUUUUAUUGAGUUUGUGAAACCAGUUGCAACAUGUGUAAAGAGCUUGCGUCUCUCCCGAGAAGACUUUGAGAUAAUCAAGGUGAUUGGUCGAGGUGCGUUCGGUGAAGUAUGUGUUGUUAAAAUGAAAGGAACUGACAAAGUAUUUGCCAUGAAAAUUCUCAACAAGUGGGAGAUGUUGAAACGUGCUGAGACUGCAUGUUUCCAGGAGGAGCGUGAUGUCCUGGUGUAUGGUGAUAGAAGGUGGAUCACCAACUUACAUUAUGCUUUUCAAGACGAUAAUAAUCUGUAUCUGGUGAUGGACUAUUACUGUGGUGGGGAUUUGCUAACACUUCUCAGCAAGUUCGAUGAUCGUCUCCCAGAAGACAUGGCACGCUUCUAUAUCGCAGAGAUGGUUCUGGCCAUCAGUUCCAUACACACUCUGCGCUACGUCCACAGGGACAUUAAGCCUGACAACGUACUGUUGGAUGCGAAUGGUCACAUCCGACUGGCCGACUUCGGCUCCUGUCUAAAGCUGUUCGAGGACGGUACAGUACAGAGCAACGUAGCAGUCGGCACGCCAGACUACAUCUCCCCUGAGAUCCUCAGGGCGAUGGAGGAUGGACAAGGCAGGUACGGCCCUGAGUGCGACUGGUGGUCUCUUGGUGUUUGUAUGUAUGAGAUGUUGUACGGAGAAACUCCCUUCUACGCUGAGUCAUUGGUGGAGACAUAUGGCAAAAUUAUGAAUCAUAAGAACUGUUUUGAUUUUCCUUCAGAGUUGGGCUAUGAAGUCACAGAAGAGGCUAAAGAUUUGAUGAAAAGGCUCAUAUGUAGUUCGGAAUUUAGAUUAGGCCAAAAUGGAGUUGAAGAUUUCAAGAACCAUCCAUGGUUUGUGGGACUGGACUGGUUGACAGUACGGGACUCAGUAGCUCCGUACAUUCCGGAGGUCAGCAGUCCCACAGACACCUCAAAUUUUGAUGUGGACGACACUGUAAUCCGCACUUCAGACGCUCUUCCACCCACUGCCAAUGCUGCCUUCUCCGGCCUCCACCUGCCCUUCAUCGGUUUCACCUUUACACAGGGCAGCCGUGUGAGUGACCUUAGUCACUUCCCUAUCAGUCCCAGCUCCCCUUCAGGCCGUAGCAAGCGCAUGCGGCUGCUAGAGGAGGACCAUCUCAUCAAGAACACAGAUGUGAAAAACCUAGUGAGCACUAAUUUCUCCAAUGAACUGACAAUGAACGAUGACGAGAAGCGGAUCUCCCCCACCAGCGAGUCAGGGAAUGGCAUGCGGCGGCUGCAGGAUGAGAUCAACACUUUGACAAAAAGGAACUGUGAGCUAGAGAACCAGCUGAGAAGCUUGGACCAAGUGUCAGACCUGAAGAUGUCCUCUCUCCAGCACAUGGACUCCCUCCAGCGGACCAGAGACCUGGAGAAGUGUCUCAGGCUACUCAAGCAGGAGAAAGAAGAAGCUCAGAAGGAGAAACAAGAUGCUUUGGAGAAAUUAAAACUGCAAGAUAAAGAGUUGAAAGAUGCUCUGAGUCAACGAAAACUGGCGAUGGCAGAAUAUACUGAGGUCACAGACAAACUUUCAGAACUGAGGCAGCAGAAGCAGAAGGUGUCGAGGCUGGUGAGGGACAAGGAAGAGGAACUAGAGGUGGCAAUGCAGAAGGUGGACGCGCUGAGACAAGACAUGCGGCGGGCGGAGAAGUUGAGGCGUGAGUUAGAGGCGCGAGUUGAGGAGGCAAUAGCAGAGGCGGGGAAAGAAAGGAAACUGAGGGAGCGCAGUGAGGAGUAUUGUAGACAAAUGGAACAGGAGUCGGAAAGGUGGCGACAACAGCGGAGAGAGAUGCCUCUGGGCAGUUCCGACAGUAUCGCUGGUCUCUCACCCUCCAGUCACUCCCAGGAGAUAGCAAGGUUGAACACGGAGGUGGAGAGGCUGGAAGUCCAAUACAAGGAGUCUCUUCAGCAGCAGCAAGCCAGGUAUAGCCUGGAGAUUGGCAGUCUACGGGAACAGCUCCAGGAGGCGGAGGGUCGCAGAGAGUUGCUGGAACGAGAGCCAAGAGUGCAACUGGCCAAAGAUAAGCUGGACUCCAGUCGACUGGAGAGCCUUACCGACAGUGAAGAGACAAUCGCUGAGCUAUCCAGGCGUCAUGAUCGAGACAAACUUAUACUGCUGGAGGAGAACAAGAAACUCAUCAUGGAGGUCGAUCAGUUGAGUGACACUCUGAGUCGGCUGCAGGCGGAGAGGAGACAACGCGAGGAGGACUACGAGGAGUUGCGCACCAAACAGGAGGCCAUUGCGCAGUGGGAGGCACAGAUCACGGAGAUCAUUCAGUGGGUGAGUGAUGAGAAAGAUGCCAGAGGUUAUCUGCAAGCCCUCGCCACCAAGAUGACUGAAGAACUGGAGUUCCUGAAACAUGCUGGCAUAGCCAAUGUCCCUGCCUCGGACAAAAACUGGAGGAACAGAAGGAGUCAGAAGUUAGAGAAAAUGGAGCUAUUGAAUCUGCAAAGCAGCCUCCAGUCAGAGAUCCAGGCAAAGACUGCCAUCAACGAGGAGCUGAGUAAAACUCGGUCCGACCUUGUUGCUUCUCAGAAGGAGCUCCGUGAUUUCCGGCAACGGUAUGACAGCAUGACCCACGAGUUGAAGCGGAAGGAGAUGCAGAUCAAGGAGCUGCAGAGUCGGCUGGACUCAGGAGAAGGAUCAUUCGGUGAUGUUGUAAAUGGUGUUGAAAUCCGAUUAGCUUCCCAACACUUGCGGAUCCUGGAGAGGCCCUCGUCACAGAUGUCCUAUCUAGACCAUUUCCUGAAGGAGACGUCGACGAGACAUGGUGGCUCGGUGGAGAGUGAGGAGGGGGAUAUAGAGGACAACCGGGCACCCUCCGUCGCCAGCAGCAAGUCCAACUUGUCCGAGCUUAGUAUAGAUCCUCACGGUCAUCAUCAUUCGAUACAUUCUCAUCACCACGCUCAUUCCCAUGCCCACCUUCCACCCAAACCUAAGCACCAUCAGUUUCUAGUGCGCACUUUCUCUUCACCGACAAAGUGUAACCACUGUACUUCGCUGAUGGUGGGGCUGACCCGCCAAGGUGUGGUAUGUGAGGUGUGUGGCUUUGCCUGUCACAUGGCCUGCUGCGAGCGUGUACCCGCUGUCUGUCCCGUGCCUCCCGACCAAACCAAGAGGCCACUGGGUAUCGACCCGACGAGGGGUAUCGGCACGGCAUACGAGGGCUAUGUCAAGGUGCCCAAGACCGGGGGUGUCAAGAAGGGCUGGGUACGGCAGUUUGUGGUUGUGUGUGACUUCAAGUUGUUCCUGUACGACAUCUCGCCUGACCGCAAUGCACUACCAUCCGUCUAUGUCAGUCAGGUUCUGGACAUGCGUGACGACGAGUUUGCUGUCUCCAGUGUGCGCGACUCUGAUGUCAUACAUGCCACCAAAAAAGACAUACCAUGCAUAUUCAGGAUAACCACGUCGCUGAUGGACCCUCCGGGGCUGAAGAACCACACACUGAUGCUGGCAGAUACGGAGAGUGAGAAGAGCAAGUGGGUGGUGGCUCUCAGUGAGCUACACAGGAUACUGAAGCGCAAUAACCUCCCCAACACUACGGUAUUCAGGGCCAGGGAGCUGCUGGAUAAUACUCUGGCCUUCAUAAAGAAUGCCAUGUCAGGUGCCAUCAUCGAUCCGGAUCGUCUAGUCAUAGGAACAGAGGAAGGUCUGUUCUGCCUGGAUCUGGAUCGAAGUGAGAUCGCUAGGGUGGGAGAAGGUAAGAAGAUCUACCAGUUGGAGUAUGUGGUGGAAGAGCAGCUGUUGGUGCUGUUGUCCGGCAAGCAGAGACAUCUGCGGCUGAUACCAGUGCGGGCACUGGACGGCGACGAUGUUGAGUGGAUCAAGGUGGCGGAGACUAAGGGCUGCAUCACCUUCACCACUGGUGUCAUGCACCGGACUCCACAACUGGCCUAUUGUCUCUGUGUGGCCAUCAAGCGUCAGAACACGUCACAGGUGAUUAUCUACGAGAUAACACGCACCAAGACGAGACACAAGCGAGUGCGAGAGGUGAUGUUGCCCACGCAGGCUCAGACGCUGCACAUACUCAGCGAGGGUAGGCUGUGUGUCGGCUACCAGUCAGGGUUCAGUGUGUACAGUAUCAUGGGUGACCACCACCCACUAUCACUGAUCCACCCUGACAACCAGCUGAUGGGAUUCCUGGCGUACAGCGCCGUGGAUGCCAUGAGAGCUGUGGAGCUGCCACGUGGAGAGUUCUUGCUAGUCUUCCAGACGCUGGGGGUGUACGUAGACAGUCAGGGGCGCAAGUCUCGAGACACAGAGCUCAUGUACCCUGCCGUCCCAGCAGCUGUCAGUUACUGUGACGGACAGCUGCUAGUCUACAGUGAGACGCAUGUGGAUGUGUUCAAUGCAGCGAGUGGUGAGUGGUUGCAGACCAUCAACCUGAAGCGAGCUCGACCACUUAACACGGCUGGAACGCUCAGCAUAUGUGUCAUCAAUGACAUGCCACACAUCGUAUACCUAGGGAACAUCCACCAGCGCGAGCUCAUCAACGUCACUGUCUGUGACCCUACUGGCAAGACCGUCCCUCGACCGCGGCGCCGCUUCUCUCUUCGCGAGGGUCACCGGUCUACCAGAAUGCCUGACCGUAGGUCCAAAAUGAUAUCUGCUCCGACCAAUUUCAACCAUAUCAGCCACAUGGGACCCGGAGACGGUAUACAAAUACAGAGACUGCUGGAUCUGCCCACCACUCUGGAGACCGCCGAUCAGCCUUCUUCUGUGCCCGCCCCUGCCCCCCCACAUGCCCAUUCUCAGCAGAGGAUAAUCCACGGUCCACCAGUGCCCAGUAAAAUGGCCCACCAGCCUCCUCGCCACCCACCAAUGCUGGAGUCCAGACACAUGGCCAGACAGCAGCACCAGGCAUACUCUGGUCACAAUGGGUCAACGACUCGGCGAGCACCUGCUCCUCCACGGCCAUCUGUGACACCCCCCGCUCUGCCCCGCACCCCUGACACACAUUCAGAGUCCGACAUGGCUGCCCACCACAGUGGUACCUCCUUGCAUGACAUCGUCAAGGAUCAGGUGGUAGCUUCCAGCCCUCGCCACUCCAUAGCUUCCAACAACAGUAGCAACCCCUCCACUCCGCCCUCCCCCGGCCACGACCACGGCUCCUCCAGCUACGAUAGCUAAGCCCACACUCUGUUACAUUAUUGUUAUCAAAUAUCGAAAUCGUGUAGUGUAGGGAUCUGUGACGAAACAUUUUCUUGUACUUAUUAAUAUUUAGUAAGUAAUUUUUCUAUCUCGGUAUUGUAUUUUUAUGAAAAUACUACUAACUGGAUCAUAUUUAAUGAAAGUAUUUAUAGCUGUAAAUAUUUGUUUAGUCUAAUGGUACAUAUACUUAGCGUUAAGAAUUGUACACUGAUACCAGAGUUUUAUUAUCGAACAGAACUUGAUAUUAUCUAUAAAUGUUUUUAGAUUGUACAUUUUUAUAAAUAAUUUGUGUGUUUAGUAAUUUAUUGUCUAUAAAAAGUGAUCUAAUUUAAAUUUUCGUUUUAAGGAAGUACAAUUUAGAAAUUAUGAAAUCUUUUAUAUAUUGUAAUCUAAUCUUUCUGUCUGUUCUGUCUCGAGUACAAACAGGUCUGAGGUGGCCUAGGUAUGCAUUUCUGGUUUGUUUUCUUUAUUUUGUUACCACUAACUUUAGUUUUGUAAGUCUUAUUUUGGUGCUAAUUAUAUGUUACUAGUAUUCACAUCUUAUUUAUUAGAGUACAUCACAUUCUUGGGCUGGUACAUUGUUGAUGAAAGUUAUGAGUCUGGUGCAAAGCUACGUGUGAGUAUCCAUUUCAAGGUGGUUUAGAAUUUUACAGUAAUCAAAAUUCAAUUGUUGUUUACAUUUUAAAUGUAUUGUUUUUAAACUAUGAGUUAUACUUAAAAAUCCAAAAUUGUGUGCUACAAAACUUUAAUGUGCAUUUGAUUAGUGUUUCAUGUAAUUUUGUUGUAUUUUUAUUAUAAAUAAAAUUCUGAAAUUUUUGUUUGUUUUUUGGGUUUUAAAUUAUGAGUUCAUAUUUUACGUAAUAAAUAAUUAAUUAUUACAAAUUUAAAUAAACAUAAAAUACUGUUGUGAUUUUUAUUUGUUUCACAUUUUUUUUAGAGGUUAGCAAACCGUUUUAUAAGUUGUGAUUUAAAGUGUUACUGAAUAAAAAAACUAUUAGAGUAACUAACUCAGUUUAAAUGUUGUGAAAUUGAACAAAUAUUAAUAACUAAUAAACGAAGAGUUGAAACAAAAUAAAUUUGAAUUACUGUACUUGUGAACUGAUGUGGAAUGUACCAGCUCUGAUUUGUCAGCCAUGCAGUGCAGGUAGGUGCCUACUUACCGUAGUAUCGAGCAGUAUUGUAGUGUAACGCGGGCCCUGGGCUCUCUACCAACUAUAGUUAGUGUAUGUCGUGUCGUGUCUUGUCUUGUAUAUAUCGCAGGGUCCGACCCCGUGACUACCAAGUGCUUGUGACAAUAGUGACCGCUCUCGAGUCUUCUACCGAUAAGACUGUUGUUGUUUUCGCUUAGUUGUUUUGUCCGUUUCCAGUCAGUUCAACAUAUCCAUUCUCCAUUUAUCUGUCAACAUUUGGGAAAAAAAGUGAAAAUGAGAAAAAUAAUUGUAUUGUUAUUAGUUGUUAAAUUGCUCAAUAAGUAAAUUGUUAGUUUUGAAAUAGUUCUAAAUUAAAUUGAGGAUGUGCUAUCUACUGUGUACACAUUUUAUCAGUUACGUAGUUUGAACACAAGUAGAAUGUAAACUCUGACUUAGCAUGUAGCAUAUUAAAAAGCACUAAAAUAGCAACUUUUCCAUCUCUUAAGUCUACAAAAAUUGUAUUCUCCAUCACCAAUUCACAUGUAACGUAUCAUGUCCUGUAUCUUAAGUAUAUUUGUUUAUUAUUUUUAAUUGAAUAAGUGAUCGAUUAAAAAAUUUAAAAGUACUAUAAACUGUAAUAAUGUAUUGCUUUCAGUAAGCUCAUUCAAUUAUAUAAUAACAGCUCUUUAUUUUGACAGUGCCACAACACAGAUACACAUAAAAAAGAAUUAAAUAAAGUCAGAAGUAAGGAAAGUAUGAUAUUAAUUUUAAAUUCAGUACAAUUAUUUUUUAAAUUAAUCUUUGUUUCAUUUUUCAAAAAUAAUUGUUGUAUAAGUGUUAAAAAGUACCUGCAAAUUAAAAAGAAAUUAAAGCACCUUUUUAUCAUUACAAAAUAUUGUUAGCGGUCUUUUCUAGUACUUUUGUCAAUAUAAAUUUAAAAUUUGAAGACUAUGGAAAAGUUUGUUGUAUAGAUGCACAUCCUAUAUAUCUAACAUUAUUCCUUUGAGCAGGUUAAAAAUGUGAAAUUUGAGGGCAGAACUUACUAUCGGUAUUGCCCACAAGCCAUUUCUCCAUCACGAAUCUGCUCUUAGACAUAUCACAUAUCAAUAAUACUCCAAGAUUACUCCCUAACUAUUAUUGUGCAGAUUAUGAAUAUUUACAUUAAUUGUUCACUAUGUAUUGUUAUUUUAUAUGAAUCUUGCACGGCUUUACUUUUAUUUAUUCAUUGUGAAACUACGCUCUUUGAUUCUUUUAGUUAAUUUGUCACUUAUCACUUUAGGAUUACCCAUAAAAUGGCCCUGUAUAGCACCGAUCGUAAGUAAAAAGUAUUAUUAACUAAUCGUACCAAUUAUUAUUUGUAUUAUGUCAAAGUAUUUAUCAGAAUUUUAUUAUUUACUUGAAUAAUACCAUUGUGAAAAUCUAUAGUGUACAAUUAUUGUUAAUAAAUAUAAGUUUAGAACUUUGUUUGUAUUCCCAAAGAUUUAAAAAAAUAUCGCUAGUGACAUUAUUGUAUCUGACAGUCAAUUUGAUCAAAGUGACUUGUAUUAAUGCAAUAAUAAUAUAGUAUACUGAUAACAAUGUAAAUAAUGUAAUUGUUGGACUUUUGAACAAGAUGGUUUUAUUUAUUUCUGAUUUUGUUGUGUACUUUUUAUACUUUCGGCUAAUCUACUUUUAGUAUUUUUUAAAGUUGUUAUUUUUAAUAAGUUGGUGUGACCAUUUCUUUAGUGUAUGUGCGCGUUUCAUUUUCUAAAAAUGUUUGUUGUUUGGUGUUACCCUUUUUAUUUAUUUUGCCAUCUUGUUAUUGGAAUCAGAACAGUAGACAAUAUUGUCUUUGUACAGUUUCAGCUGUAUAAAAUUUUUCAAUCUGUGACAUUAAUUUACUGAUUUCUAUUUAUUGGUAUUAUUUUAGGAAAUUAUAAAUUAAAAUUUACCUAAUGCAAUUAAA